AUGAUCUCGAAGCUCUUGGCGCUCGGUACUGUUCUUCUCGCCUCUGCCACCGCUAACUUCUUCGACUCGUCUUACUCCAAUGUCUCCUGCGCUGCUAUCGACGAAGACAGGAUCGAAACCGCCGUAUUAGUUGACACCGAGACGACAGAGCCCGCCGAUGACGUUCUAUGGAAUGCUGCCUUAACCAAAGGCCGGAUGUUGAUACUAGCCACGAGCUUGAACCUUCCAGAGGCUAUUAAACUCUAUUUACCAAUGGAAACUCCCUGGGAUGGAACCCUCAAACGCGAACUAGCACUUUGGGGCUACUCGGAACCUGACUACCCGGAAGUCGAAGACUCUGACGAAAACUGUGUCAUGGGGAAAGAAAACCACGGCCUUCAAGAUAUGCUGAAAGAGCUACAUGCAGAUGAUAGAGAUUCACGUGAUGGAGGGGACAACAUCUGUCACACAAUCCAACAUCAAGACGGGCCUACCUUGGAGAAAGAUGAGAACGGUGAAGUACCAGAAGAUCCUAGGGAACAAUACUACAAAGUUGAAGGGCGCAGAUACAGGGUUACCGGCGCGGAUUCCACCAUUGGAAUAAAUCCAAAGGCCGGUAUCAUCUUCUUUCUGACUCGUGAGAGCCCCGCGUACGCGGCGAGAAAGCUAUGGAAUGUACCCUCCGUCAAGCCGGACGAAAUGCCUGCCCUCAAAAGUAGCUCGGAUAUUGCCUGGGGUCUCUGGAAUAGGCAUUGCAAAGAAAGCCUGUCCAACAUCAACUACUUCUUCACGGUGGCAGUUGCGAACCCGGAAACGCGUAAGAUCAUCAGUAGAGCUAUGGGACAAAAUGCUGUGCCGAAUGCGCCAGGAUACACCUUCAGAGCUGGGAAUGAGAACUUCAUCGCUCUGCUGGGAUCGCCGAACCUUGUAGCAGUAAUGUUCUUCCUCCUCCAACACAAGACUCGGUUUGGCCACAAUCGAUGGGUUACUGAGAUCCGUGUUUUCAUACCGAAUGGGGAUUUCAAUAAGGUUUCGAUGCUUGUUAAGGUUGAGCGAGCGCCCCCGACAGAACCUCCCGAGCCUAUUGAAGAUCCAGAUUGCGCGGAGAAAAGGUCGUUGAAAAGUGCGCCAGUCUCACCGCUGAAGAUCGAUAGUUGGAAGGGUGGCGAACGUGCAAAUUCCUCCUUCGAGGAGCUGAAUUUGGUUAGAAGACAUAUCAUAUGGGCUUAG